CUCUCGGCCAGCGGUCUUUCUUCUGCGAUAUCUCUGUCGCUCUCGCUCUCUCUCUCUCCCCGGUCUCCUUCCGACCGACGCUGCAUUGCAUUGCUUUGCCUCGCACGUGCAGCAACCAGCAGGAGAUAAGCCCCGACCAGAUCCUGUCCUCGACGAAUCUCUCCGACGCGACCUUUGCGGCCUUACUUGAACCGCCCCGCUAUCUCCCUCACGUGCGGGGUUCCCAUCAGCUUCGCGCUCGCCGGCUCAGAGCCCACCGCACACUACCUACCGAUUAUCCCCUAGGGCCCUCACUAAGGUCCUUCCCCAGACACCAUGAGUUUUCAUACCAUGCUCAACAAGCUGUCGGGACAGCCAGAGAGCUACGAGAAAAAGUCUCACUACAAAUUUGGAAGAACACUCGGAGCUGGCACAUACGGUAUCGUCCGUGAAGCCGAUAGCAGCAAAGGAAAGGUCGCCAUCAAGAUCAUCUUGAAAAAAAAUGUCCGGGGCAACGAGCAGAUGGUCUACGAUGAACUAGAGAUGCUGCAGGCUCUCGACCAUCCCAACAUUGUCCACUUCGUCGACUGGUUUGAAUCGAAGGACAAAUUCUACAUUGUCACUCAGCUGGCCACUGGUGGUGAGCUGUUCGACCGGAUUUGCGAGUACGGCAAGUUCACGGAGAAGGAUGCCUCUCAGACUAUCCGACAGGUGCUUGGUGCUGUCAACUACCUGCAUGAGCGCCAUAUUGUUCAUCGGGACUUGAAACCCGAGAACCUUCUCUAUCUCACUCCCCUGCCCGAUUCUCCCUUAGUUCUCGCCGACUUCGGUAUCGCCAAGAUGCUGGACAAUCCGAGCGAGGUUCUGACCAGCAUGGCGGGCUCGUUCGGCUACGCCGCCCCCGAGGUCAUGCUCAAGCAAGGUCACGGCAAGGCUGUCGACAUGUGGUCUCUCGGUGUCAUCACCUAUACCCUUCUUUGUGGAUACUCCCCCUUCCGGUCCGAAAACCUGUCCGACCUGAUUGAAGAGUGCCGAACCGGAAAAAUCAUCUUCCACGAGCGCUACUGGCGCGAUGUCUCGAAGGAUGCCAAGGACUUCAUCCUCACGCUGCUGCAGCCGGAUCCUGCUAAGCGUGUCACGUCCGAGGAGGCCUUGAAGCACACCUGGUUGACGGGUGAGUCGGCCAGCGACCGCGACUUGCUGCCCGAGAUCCGCGCCUACCUUGCUCGCUCUCGUCUCCGCCGCGGAAUCGAAAUCAUCAAACUGGCCAACCGCAUUGAGGCGCUCAAAAUGCAGGAAGAUGACGAAGACAUUCCCAGCCCUGUGGAGAUGGCAGCAUCGGAGGAUGCUUCUGGCUCGACGCCUUUCCCGCAACUCUCGCCCAAUGGCAAGUCGGCAUCUGUGCCUGUCGACGGUGAGACUGCGGGUAAGAAGAAGCGCAGUCUCAGCAAAAUCGCCCGCGGAGCGAUCUUCCGGGAGGUUGUGCUCGCCAAGGUUCGCGAGGUGAAGGAAAACGAGGAGCGGGAGAAGGUCGAGCGCGAAGCUCGUGAGCGGACACAUUCAUGAGGGCUGGCCGGACAGCGUUGAUAGAGUUUGAUUUGUGUGCACCGGUAAUUCUUGUUGGGUCUAGGACCAUCACUGAACUGUUCUUCUGUGAAUAACUUUCGAUGAUUCCCCGUUCAUAUACUUGUUUGUUGGUUGUCAACAAGGUCUGGACUUUUUGGAGGCUUUAACUUAGGGAGAUAAUAUUUCUUUUCAUUGUGAUCUGAAUGAACUUGCUGCAUACUGCACGA